AUGGAAGGGAAGCCGUCGGCCCACCGCCCUCCUGCAGAUGUGUUCUCAGACCUGGAGUUUCACACCAUCCUGCUGGUCCAGCCGUCCAAGAGGCCGGAGGGCAGAACGUACGCCGACUACGACUCGGUGGAUGGGUGUAUGGAGGGCGUCUGCAAGAUGUACGAGGAGCACUUGAAGAGGAUGAGCCCCAACUGCCCCUCCAUCACCUACGACAUCAGCCAGCUGUUUGACUUCAUCGACCACCUGGCGGACCUCAGCUGCCUGGUGUACCGAGCGGACACCCAGACCUACCAGCCUUACAAUAAAGACUGGAUCAAGGGGAAGAUCUACGCCCUGCUUCGCGCGCAGGCCCAAAGGCCCGGGAGCAACUGA